AUGGAGACUGUUAAUGACAACCACUGCAUUUUAUAUGCUGCUGCAAUGGAAACUAGGAAUCAUUUAUUCUUCGAGUGCCCCGUUGCUUCCUCUUUAUGGUCUGCUCUUUUUUCUAUCAAUGGAUUACGGUUUAGACAUCCUUCUUGGGUUGCACUCUUUAGUUGGGCAGCUGCGCUUUGGAAGGGUAAAUCCCUUCUAACUUCUAUUAUGAAAGUUUCUUCGAAUGCCUUAAUUUACACCAUAUGGAAGGAAAGAAACAAGAGGCUUUUUCAAGGUCAUUCAUCUACUGUUGAAGAAAUGUUCAAUGCUAUCAAGGAAAUUGUUGGUAUUCAUCUAAGGGGAAGAACUAUUAGUAGAUUAGACUAUGUUAAUAUUACUAUUUGUAACCAAUGGAGUAUAGUUUGA